AUGUAUAGGUUCAUCAAGUUCAUCGCCCGGGAUGAGCGCGCAACAGCGUGGGCGACGAGGCUACGCAUCGUCAGACCUUCGAACGCGAUCCGCACCCAGAACCACAUGCUAGCACUCAACUCGGACGACUCCAGGCCUUCUGCUGAUAGAGAAGCUUCCAUGAUGCAAGGUGCGAUUCUCCUCGACGCGAUUCUCCUCGACGCGAUUCCAUCCGACGCGAUUCCCUCCGCUCGGAACACAAGUUCCGCCGCCAGCGCACCAAACGACACCAGUAAGCACAUGGAGCAAUUCUCCCAAUCCAUGUCCCAGCACUGGCAUGGUAUGGGCAACGGCGAAUUCGCAAUCACACCAAACCAGGACCAUCUCUGGCUCUCUAACGAGGAGAAGCUAUCUUCGUUAUCUGCGCCGAGCCUGUCUCCCUUGCCCUUCUUUCCGAAUGACUAUAAGCGUGAAGGAUUGAAGACGCCCUCGGAGACCCUAUUGGCAUCGAAGAAAAUCACAUGUUUGUAUCACAACAACUCCGGAGCACUGUUGUACUUACUAAUGUCACGCAGACAAGAGCCACUCAAGUUCGGCCGUGGCCCAAGAUCCUUCGCCGCUCUCGACCAGGAAGCGAGGAGCCAAGCGAUCUCGCACAACUUCAAGCCUCCAGAAACAGCAUACAUCAGUGUACCGCCGGAAGUGUCGCCGUAG